AUUCUGAAAAGCUCCGCCCCGGAAGUGCUGUUCGUGUUAUGGCAGCGCUGCACAGCUGUUCAGGGGGAAGACUGAAUUUAGGGAUUUUACUCUGAGUGGAAUUACCUUACUUUCUGACGCUCCCUGCCCGUGUCGUGGUGUUGAUUUAGUAAAACCUUUCGCGUAUUCGAUUAACCGGAUCCGGUCUUCUUUGGCGGUUGUCUCGCGCGGGUGAAGAUGGUUCUGUCAACGUCUCAUCAGGUCGCCCUGGCUUUCACGGCCGUGCUCUUCAUGUUCGUGGUUCUGCCCAAGAUGUUCGGGGUCGGCGGAGGGUCCGGGACGAAGGAAACGAGAUUUGACCCUCGGCACACCCGAAAAGGUACGAAAAUGUCGUUAAAGAAGACGGAAAUAUCACAGUUACACGGUGUCUGUGCGCAUGUUUGUUUUGCCUCGAGCGUCUCUUCGCUGUACACAGUUUUUCAAAGUAAAAGUCCACUUAUAACGGCCGCACGUUAUCGGUACUUAAGAUGCUCAAUUGAUGAAAAUUAUCUGCAUUACUUUUAUUAUUUUAUUUAAUGCGUAUUUACCUGAUAUGACAAGUUUCAGCUGUCAGUUUUAUUAAGUAUAAUUACUGAUAGAUGGAGAGUGGGGUAAGUUGAGCCACCCUCUGUUUCUUGGAAAUUGUCAAAGAAAUUGAUCAUGUAACCAAAUAUUUAGGAGAUGGGCAUCAAUUCCCUCACCAUCUGCUCUGUCACGGUGUUGUGUUUUUAAAGCAGGUCCAGGACCGGGCGCCGUGAGAGGUCAGCCCAUCAACAUGAACAGCCCUGGCUCUCCUCAAACCCCUGAGAACAUGCAGCAGAUGAAGAAGCUGAUGGAGCAGGAGCUGAAGUCGGACAAGUACAAAUCCAGCAACAACAAAGGCUACGUUUUUACGCUGAUGCCGCUCUAUGCCAUCGGGGUUGGAGUGUUCGCGGCGUACAAGUUUUUGAAGGUAUUUAGAUCCUCAAAACACCAAAUUACACAGAGAAUCAGACGUUCUUAAGGCUGACAGUGAGUGUGAAAAUGUCUGUUUACUCUUCCUGCAGAUCAAGUCGUCAGAUGACCAGGUGCAGAAAGACAAAUUUGCGAAAGGAGCUAAAAAAUCAGUGGAGGCAGGUGUGUGUAACUUGAGUCGUCUAUUUGCAUGUGUGUGUUAUCUCUGGUCAAACACAAACUAGGUUGUCGUGAGUGUUUCAGACAUGCUGUCCCUGUGUGUGUGUGUGUGUGUGUGUGUGUGUGUGUUUGUUUUGUGCAGAAAACCAGUUGAACGAGCUGGAACAAAGGUUAGCUCAGACGGAGAGGAUGCUCAACUCCAUCCUCACGCAGCUGGACCCGCUCACUAACUGGUGAGUCAUGAUGAAGUCUUACACACAGAGACAAACUGUGGACAUGAACUGUUUGAUUGACGCCACAUCUCUGUGUUUUGUGUAAAUAUGAUCCUCACUUCCCUGUCCCCUUUUGUCCUCAUCAUUUUUUCUCUGUGUGGCCUGAGACAGGAUCAGUGAUGGGAAGAUCAGUUCUUUUGACUGAAUCUUUAGAAUCCGUUCAUUAAAACGAUUCGUUCAAAAGAUUCGUUCACUGAAUCAGUCAGUGCUUCGGAGCCCCGUCCUGCCGGUGCAGUACACCAACGAGUGACAGAGCGGCGAGUUCGUUCAUUGAACUGAAGUCACAGCGUCGUGACACAUGUCAUUCAUUCGCCAAGUCUUGAAGGAAGAAUCACUCCCCUGCCCUGAAAAACUCACCUCUCUGUGUGUUGCUGUUGGCGGAAACAACACAGCAGCGAGCAGCAUGCCGCUAAACGAGCGCGAGUCGUCGUUCUUUUAUAUCGUAGAAAAGUGGAGGGAUUAAAAAUAAAUAAACAUACUUAGCUACUUAUAAAGAUAUCAAAUAUUGUAUUUCUUUAAAUCGGCUGAAAUUAAAUCCUUCUUACACGAAUAUUUAUAGACGUGUUUUAAUGUAAAGGCGCUAUAAUGACCUGUUUUAUCUUAGCCUCAGUGAAUAAACCGGUUCUCCGCAGUUCAGGAACGACACUACAGCCCUCCCUCCUCUGCCUGAAUAAAGUCAUUCGGAAGUCGUUUGUUUCUUUCACCAUGUCGUUCACUGACUGAUACAUCUCGUUCAUUCGCUGUUUGUGAAUCAUGAGACUCCGCCCGCCCGCCCGCCCGCUCGCUGGCUGGCUGUGUGUCGUUCUCCAAAGAGUCAAAGGCGCCAGUUCCACUCCCGACCGGCACGCCAGGCUCGCGGCUGAGCUCAACUGAACUGAAAAAGGGACGAAUCAGGUCUCAGAGUGAUUCAGUUCACGUCGUUCAUUCAGUUCAUGAACGACACAACACUUUCACCCGGAAAUGAUUGAAGAUUAGUUUGCGGGAUAGUAAGAGCUGGACUCCUUUCCUUUGAGUUCUGGGUGUGUUUUGUAGCUCCUUAGGAAAAAAAGCAUUUUGUGGCGCCGUUUUAGCUCAGCUGAUAGAACAGACUUCUGCACAAGUUGCAGGAUUGAUUCCUCGGCCUUCAUUUAUUUCCCAUCUUCCCUCCCCGCUUCCUGUCUCUCUUACGUCGUCUUAAUAAAACCGAGCCCCAAAUGAUCUUUUAAAAAAACUGCAAUAUUUUCGGAGAGAAUGGAUGUUCUGUACAUUUCAAACUUUUGUGUACUGUGUUUGAUGGCCUGUAUAAUAUGGCACCAUUCGGACCAGUCACUGGUUAUACAAAGUUUUCUUUCUGUGUUUCCUUUAGUGUGAAGUCUGUGGCUCAGGAGCAAAAGAACGAGAUCAUGUCUCAGCUUCAGACCAUCCGCUACCUGAUGAAGAAGAGAGGAAUGGACUGUCCGCCCCUGAACGCCAACGGUGAGCCGACCGUGUGUUUUGUAAACGAACGGUCAGAUAGUCAGACUUUUAAUAUUCCUUCAAACAACCUGGAAAUUCGUCACAUCCUUCGUACUUUAGUGCAACUUUCUGAUGCUGAAACUUAAAGCUGAAUUCUCGAUAAAACACGACCGGCGAACACAGGCUUGCCUCAUUCUGCACAUCACGGCCUGCAAACGGUGUGAAUGUGACAGUGGUGUUGCAUGUCAUGCUGAGGUAAAAAACAUGAUUUGAAUUUCCACCCGUGUAGCCACAUUCAGAUACAUCCAUAGACAAAGUUUUGCAUUUGAUUUUAAACUUAAAAAAUGUGGUUGAAUUUGCAAACAGAUCCGAAUAAAACCUGGAGCAGAGUCCAGUGACUGUGUGUUCCUAAAAUGACUGUACCAAAAUAUAAAUGUAAAGUGACAUGAUGUUACAGCAGGGGAAGGAGGACUGUUGAGUCUUCGGAACGCUUUUCUAGAAAAGAGGAGAUGGACUGUUUUACACGGACUCGUCGGUCUGAUCCGCCAAAAAUAAAACAUUUUAUUAAAAAGAGAAAAAAUCUUUAAACAAGACUAUGUCAGCAAAGUUUGUUCACUCCAAAUUACCAUGCAUUAUGGAGUGUUUAUGCAGCAUUCUUGAAUACUUGUUAUCGGAUUUCUACUAAUUUGUGUUAAGUGAAUAUCAGGGGAUAUGAAUAAGCUCUGCAAACUUUAUUUUAGAGACAAAAACAGGUUUGUGGGCUCUGAAGUUUGUGAGUGUGCUGUCAGGGGAAAGAUCCCUGCACUGCACCUUUAAUUCUCUUAAUUUAACACCAAAAAUUGAUCAUGCAUUUCCCCAAAUGAUGUAUAACAACAAAGCAACAUCAACAGGUCCUCUCAGGCCUGCAACUCCUCUGACUGUGCCAUCAUUUAAAACAUGAAUUGUUCAUGCUUCUGUCUUUUUCGCUUGUCCUCUCAGUUGCAGUUUUACCUUUAAAACAGACACGAGCAGCUGGCUGGUUGCACUAUUAUACCUUUAAGCAAACAAAAACCACCUGCUGCUGCUGCUUCACAGAGAUUUGCACACUCCGGAGCUCUACCUCCACACUGUGCUGCACCAAACCGUCAGCCCUCAAAGCAGAUCAUUACUGAAGUCUUAUUGAUUAUCGGCUUUUUUUUUAAUCAAGUAUUUCUUAUUUUAAAAAACAAAAUCUGCAACACUUCGAUGAUUAAUUAUUGUUUUUACAAAUAGUGUUCCAGUGCUCUGAGUUCACCAGUACAGUUACAGUCGAACCAUACCUCUUCUCUGCUAAUCUGUUUUUCUCGUCACUGUUUUCUGCUGCUCCCUUAUUGCUCAUCAAACUGCUUUCUGGCCUUCUCAAUUAAACUCAUCAGUCCACAUUUGAUAUUUCAUACUAAAAGCCGUCUAAUGGGUCAAAUGCAUUUAUCCCCCUUUCCAUAUCCGCAGAUAGAGUAAUAUUUUAUACAGUUGUGUGAAAAGGGAUGGAAACAAGUGACAUGAAGGCGAUACUUCAGAUAGAAAGAAGUGGAAUCAGUAAAGGUUAAAUUGGACUUUUGGUAAGCCUUUUAGUGCCUGAUAGUGUUGUCCAAACGUAUCGUAACCCCAGUUUUUAGUCGGGUGUUAACAAUGUUUUCACUUUUCAUUGUCUGUCAGAUUUGUUGUUGACUGUUAUUCCUUGUUUUGGGACUUUCCAAAGCUUCCUGUGGGCGUAACCUGGAUGAGCUCAUUGAGUCUCUCGGAGCAAAAGACGCCUCAGCUGCAGAAGCUUCUCUGGUGGACAAACAGACGUCUGCGGAAACAGCGGAGGCUUCUGAAAAGGUCUACAAGAAGAGUUUGGAUCCAGAGGAGGAAGCUGUAAAAGACGGGGAGGAAAUGAAGGAGCUCAGUCCAGAGAGGUCUGAAGGAGAAGGAGAGGAGGAUGGGGAUGAGGAGGAGGACGAGGUUAUGGAGGAAGAAGGAUUGGAGGACUCUGAGAUGAUGCCUUCAUUAGAGAGCUCAUGUGAGACAAACAUUGAGGAGGUGGGGGCGGAGCAGGUGGCGUCAGGCCUCAGGAGACGCAACAGGCCCGAAUGAACCCCCUGCAGGACAGAACAGACAUGUGACAGAUUAUUAUGAUUAUUUAUUAUCUGAAAGGCUUCACUCCAAACAGCUGCCCGCAUUGUCAUCCAAACAUUUCAGUGACACAGGGUCUAUCAGCAAACACUUACGGCUCUAUUUUCCUGCACUCAGUCCAAUUCAUGCAGGACCACAUCCAUGUCUAUCACCUAUCUGCUAUCACUGCUCACAGAGGUGCAGAAAAGCUUUUUUAACAGCUGAUGCAUGACCCACCAGAGGCUUGUACUACAAAGCAGGAUUUGUCGUGCGAAUCCUGAUAAGUCAAGAUUGGUUUUCCAGAGCGAAGAUAGCGGUUCACUCCCAGGCUCAUUUGUGAUGCUCAGCAGCACCAAUUCAUGAGCAUUGUUACCCUGGAGAAAUAUUUAUUUAGCUUUUGACAGAGACUGACUUGUUUCUACUUCUAAGUUGAGACGGACUGAUAAUUAGUUUGACUGAUUAAUGGCAUUUAAAGUAAUCCAUUGGCUGAUAUCUGUGCUCACAAGGCCCUUAAAAAACUGCAUCUUUACAUAGUUGGCCUCUGAAAAAACAUGAAAAUAGAAAAUGGAAACCUGUGCUUAAACUUCAAUGAAAAGCUCUUCUGUCUGUAAUGAAAAUUAUGUUUUUAAAUGACUUUUACAUUAUAAGAAAAUUCUGAGAAGAGCAUGAAGGACUCUGAAGAAGCAGCCUCUCUGUUUUCAUGAACAGAGGAAACCUGCUGCCGUUGUUGCAUUUCGACCCUCCAUCACUCUGUGCUGCUGCCUUUUACUCCUGUCGAGUGUGAGAAAGUGUCCAAAAUCCACAAAGUCUUACUUUAUUUUACUUAAACAUAGUUGUUUUAUAUUUCUGAUGAAGGGAUUGCCACUGAUGUUGUUGGAUGUGAUGAGUCUGCAGAAUAUUAAAAACCGUAUCGUAGAAUUGUGAACGACGGCAUGACUACACAUCAUAACAUUACUCUGCAUGUAUGACUGAAUCUUCCUUUGCCUCCACAUGAUGACUGCAUGUUAUUUAUUUACCGAAGAGGAAACGACAAUCAUCACAUCAACCCGAAACACACAAACUUACACCUAAGAUCACUGUUGUGUUACUGUUGGAUUACUUAGCAAAGUCUGAAUUUUCUGCAUGUUUUCUUUCAUAUCAGUUCCCCCUUUCACUUUGCCUUAUUUCUCAGUAGUUUUGUUUAAAACUGUGAUGUGUAACGCUUCCCAGAGAGGAGACUUUGAGGAGGUUAAGUUUUGGGUAACACAACUCAGCAGGCCGAAUAGAAAAUCUGUGCCUGGUUUGACAUAUUUGAGGAAACAUAUUUUAUAUGUGUGAUCAUUUUGACAUGCUCACUAGUUUUGGUCAGUAGGUUCUUUUUUUACUUGCUUUUCAUAAUUAAUCCCAACUCUUACUGUAAAAAAAAAAAGAGUAAAAAUAGUCGACGUAACCUCUCUUUAAAAUCAUUUCUCGUACUCUAGCAUAAGACGAAAGCAUGCCCACAAACCAUUGCCUAAUAUCAGAGAUAAUAUCAUACGCUGCAGGAUGUUUGGUUUGGCUUCAUAAUCUCACCUUUUGUAUCAAUGUCACUUCUUUUAUUCUGAAAGGAACUCAACCCUGAAUUUAUUGCCACCCUUUUAAAAGCCACAAAUAUUUGCCUUAAGGUGAUUUGAAGAUGUUUUCGUAUCAGUUCUUACCUUUUUGUGUUGACUGUUGUGUGUUUCAUGCGGAGGUUGAGUCUGUGAGCUCAGCUUGCCUUAGUAGAAAAUAAAACAACAAAAGAGUGGUGCUGUCGGGCUUCAUGUGUUAAA